AUGUCCGACCGCGAAGCGUCCUCUGAGGGCGAGGGUGACGACAUCCGCCCUUUCGGCGAGGGCGACCCCGACCGUGACUCGUCAGACGAGUCUGACGAGGAUGACCCCGAAGAGGCCCGCCGCAUCGCUGAGGGUUUCAUUGUCGACGAGGACGACGAGGACGACUCCGAGGAUGAUGAAGAGGAACGCCGACGGAAGCGGAAGGAGCGCCGCAAGAAGAGGAAAAGAAGAGAGCGCGAGCGUCGACAGCGUGAAGAGGAGGAGAUUUCUGAGGAUGACUUGGAGCUCCUCAACGAGAACCUCGGAGGUGGUCGCCCGCUGAAGCGUUUACGCCAUCGCGGCAGCGAGUCCGAUGAUAACAUCCCUCGACUUCAGGACAUGUUCGACGAUGAGGACGAGCGACGCCGUUCUGACGAUGAGUCCGAUAUGGGCGAUUUCAUCGAGGAGGAUGAAGAAGAGGAGCAGAACCGCAACGAGACCGAGGAGGAGCGCCGCGCGCGCCGACGAGAGGAGAAGCGCAUCCGUCGCGAACAGGCUCGCGCUCGCCCCGAACUUGCCGGCGUCAAUCAAGAGUCCUGGGACGAGAUUUAUGAUGUCUUCGGCGACGGACAUGAUUAUGACUGGGCUUUGGAGGGCGAGGAGGGUGUGGAGGAGGACGAGGACGAGCCGAAGAAGAAGGAUCUUCGUCUCGAGGAUGUGUUCGAUCCGGCCGAGAUCAAGGCGCGCCGACUGCAAGACGAGGACCGCGCAAUCGCGCACAUGGAUCGCCCCGAACGUCACCAGGUCAUCAACUCCACUCUGUCCGACAACCCGAUCAUUGCUCCCGACUCCAUUUUCCCUCCCCCCGAUCUCGCCGCCCGCUGGGCUCACGACAAGAUCUCCCCUCGUACGCGCUACAUUUUCUGCGGCCUCGAUGCGCAGUGGCCCAUGCCCUCUCCCGAGGAUCCUUACCCUCAACCGGCCAAACGUCGCCCCGACCUUCUGGACGACUACCAGAAGGCUGUUUCUGAAGCUCUCAACAUGAUGUUCGUCCAGCAUCUCGAGGUCCCGUAUCUGUGGCACUACAAGCGCGACAGCUUCGGCGUUCUCGAAGCUCAGGGUCAGUCCUCUGUCCAGUUCCUGGAUGGCGAUGAGCUGUGGGAGCUCUACAACCUGGGACAGAAGUAUCGCGCGAUCUGGGAGCGCGUCCAAUCGCUAAAGGAGCAGUGGCGCAAGAUCAAAGAGCGGAAGCCGGACCUCGAGGACGAGUACCUGGAGAAGACUCUCCUUAGCACCGUGUGUCUCCGUAACAUCGAGACCGCUGCCGAGGGUGCCGAUUGGCUCGCCUACACUUAUGCUUCGGAGCUCCGUGCCAUCAAGGAGGAGGCCGCAGCCGAGGAGGGAACCAAGCGGCUUCCCGAACGCCAGUCGGGUGGAAAGAUCCGUGACGGACCCGUCCUCAAGCUGGCUGAGGCAUUCGGAAUUUCCGUCCCUACAGUCGCGCUGGUCUUCAAUGAGACCGACGGUGAUCCCGCCUCCUUGUCCAACCCUGAGAAGAUGCCUUUGGCUCUCGCCGAGGAGUUCUCAGGCGAAGGUACACCUUUCUACACCCCUGAGGAUGCGCUGAAGGCGGCUAAGGAGAUUCUCAUCAACGACUUUGCCCACGACCCAACUAUCCGACAGCAGGCUCGUGACUUCGUUGAAGCACUAGGUACCGUGACCGUGACUCCGACCGAGCGUGGCAUGGCGUCAAUCGACGCUUACCACGCCUACUACCCCUUCAAGUUCCUGACCGACAAACCCAUUCCGAACUUCAAGGACUCCGCGCAGUUCCUGCACCUUCUGAAGGCCGAGGAGGAGGGUCUUAUCACCAUUUCCAUCUCCGCCCCGGAGGAGUCCACCAAGGAGUUCAUCUCCGCUUUAUCCCGCUGCGCUCAGUCCAAGGACUACAGCGAGCUCGCCGUGUCCUGGAAUGCCGAGCGCGGUCAGGUCAUCGACACCGCCUUCCGCAAGCAUUACCUGCCCGCUGCCUGUCGCUGGAUCAAGGAGCAGCUUCGGACCGACGCAGAGACUUGGGUGUGUGACCAGGCUCGUUUAACUCUCGAGGACCGCUGUAACGUCCGCCCCUUUGCUUCAAACCGCAUGAGGCCCGGAGAGGUUCCCAACGUCCUUGCUAUCACCAUCGGUCAGGGCACUAAGAAGGAUGCCGUCAUUGGUGUCCUUCUCGGCGAUGACGGCAACAUCCGAGCUUCCUACAAGUUCGACAACCUCCGCGAUGCCGACCCGAGGCGAACAUUCAUGGAUGUUGUCGAGAGGCAGCGACCAGAUGUCAUCGCCAUCGCCGGUCUUUCUGUUGAAACAGCUCGUCUUCGCAACGACGCGCAGUCGGCGCUCAGGGAAAUCGUCAUUGAGCAGAGCGGCCUGCAACCCCCUCAGCCCGAGGAUUAUUCCUCGCAUGACGACUAUCAGAUGGAGCUCAGCCGCUUUAACGACUCGCUGGGCAACCGCAUGACUCCCCUCAUCAUGGUGAACGAUGAGACGGCUCGCCUGUACAUGAACUCUACCGAUGCCGCACAGGAGCACCCCGAGCUGCCGGUGAAUGGUCGCUAUGCGCUCGCUCUCGCGCGCUACACGCAGAACCCCCUCAACGCCUACGCCCGAGUAGGCAAGCAGUUGACAGCUCUCACAUUCGUCGACUUGCAUCAGAAGCUCGUUCCGGAGGAGAAGCUGCUGCUUGCCCUGGAGCGUGGAUUGGUCAAUGCGGUGGCCAUCUGUGGGCUGGAGCUCAACAUCACAGCCAACAGCCCGUAUCAGCGCUACAUGCUGCCUUACAUUGCCGGCCUCGGACCGCGCAAGGCAAACCAGCUCGCCAAUGCUAUCAGCCAAUCUGGUGGGCAUGUCAUGAACCGUAUGGCGCUGCCGGAGACCAACACUCUGGGACCUACUGUCUUCGAGAACGUCGCAGGCUUCCUGUACAUUAGCGCCGACUUGAAGGACUUCAGCCAACUGGAGGCUGGCGACACGACGGAUCAGCCUGAGCCUCUCGACAUGACUCGCAUCCACCCCGAAGACUACGAGUUCGCCCAGAAGAUGUGUCAGGACGCUCUGGAUCUUGAUGCAGAGGAUGUCGCGGACCAGCACAAGUCUGCGGUUGUUGUGACGUUGAUGAACGACGAGGACAGAGGGAAGAAGCUGCGCGACCUCAAUAUCGACGACUUCGCCUUCAACCUCCAGCGUCAGGGUGAAGGUAACAAGCGUCACGCUCUGGGUGAGAUUGUUUCGGAGCUCGUUCACUGGCACGCGGAUCGCCGACCUCCUUUCUACAUCCCGGACGACUGGCAGAUUCUCACCAUGCUGACGGGCGAGUCUAGCAGAACCAUCAACAGAGGCUUGCAGGUUACCGCCACCGUCCGCAAGGCUCUGUCUUCGAGGGUGUUCUGCACUCUGGAGAGCGGCAUUGAGGCCGUUCUGGAGCGCGAGUACGUUUCUGACAAUGACGAUGUCAACUCGUGUGAUGACGUCUUCAAGCCCCGCCAGGCGAUCAAGGCUGUCAUCAUCGAUGUCGACCCUGUUCGCUUCGAGGUACGCUUGUCGACGCGUGCGUCGGAUAUGAGCCAAUCGGUUCCGUUCAUCGCCCCCUUCCGCCAAGACGAGUUCAACGACGAGGGUAGGAUGGCGAUGGCCGAGGAGGCGGCCGCUGCCAAGCGUCGUCGCCAGGCUGGAAGCGUGAAGCGCGUCGUCAACCACCCGAACUGGCACGUCAUGAACUCUGGUCAGGCGGAGCAGUUCCUUGCUCCGCUGCAGCGUGGUGACGUCGUUGUGCGACCGAGCUCGAAGGGCGCGGAUCACCUCGCUGUCACCUGGAAGGUCGACGAGGACGUGUACCAACACAUCGACGUCCAGGAGAUUGACAAGCCGAACGAGUACGCUUUGGGCCGAAUUUUGCGCAUUGCGAACAAGUACUCUUAUUCGGAUCUCGACGACCUCAUCAUCAACCAUGUGAAGGCGAUCGUGCGCAAGUUUGACGAGGUUCAAAUGCACGAGAAGUUCAAGAAUGAGGGCGAGCUUGAGUCCUUCCUCAAGAACUACGUGCAGGCGCACCCUGGUCGUUCCACCUAUGGCUUCUGCAUCGACUCCGAUCACCCCGGUUACCUGAAGUUGUCGUUCCUGAACAAGUCGACCAAGGACGGUGGUCAGAUUCAAACCUGGCACGUCAAGGUGCUUCCGGGAGCCUACCAGCUGAACAACGCUGAAGUGCCGGGUGUCACAGAGCUCUGCAAUGCCUUCAAGGCGCAGUACUCUGCCCGUCUCGACGAGCAGGGACUCGGUGGACGCACGCCCGGCGUCCGUAUGGCGGCGCGCACGCCGAUGCACGGGGGCAGGACGCCUGGCGGUCGCACGCCUGGCAUGCCUAUGCGUGGCGCCGCGACGCCUAUGUAUGGCGGCCGUACGCCCAUGCACGGCGGUGGCGGUCGCAUGCCACCGCCUCCCCAAGGCUACCCGCCGCAAGGUGGCUACCCUCCGCCUGGCUACGGCGGAGAUUACGGUCGUGGAGGUGGCGGCAUGAUGGGCCGCAAUGGCGGAUAUUAG